ACAAAGGCGCGGUGAAAGAUAACGCCUUAUCUGCCUUCCACAUAAGCAGGUUUCCCAUAUGCGUCGCUUCAGACUCCGCCAGGUGAUCGAUGGAUCUCCAUCUCUUCAACUGAACAUCACUGGAAGUCUAAAGUGAGGUGGGCCAUGGGUUCGGCGUGGGAACAUCGACGACGAUCGUAACUGAAGUGUUCGGCGGAGCCAGGGCACGAUGAGCGCAGGGUACAAAGACUGACACGUGAUCUAUCUGGUGCUUGAAAGAAGUACUGAAGAAAAAGCAAGUACUCGUUCAACCACCCGUCAACACGUGCCAUCACAGCGAGGGCUCCCAGGGAGGUCACAUUCUUGCACACGGUUGUAACGCCCAAUAAGAGACGAUGACGACCGUUGGGAUACAUAAAUCAGCGCUGGAGCUCCACAAACUCCUUGAACGAGCAGUCCUUACGUCCUACUACGACAAAUUCAUCGAGAUAGGCGGGGACAAUGUGCAGCAGCUUCGUGACUCCAGCGGACACGAUUUCCAGGAGUUGAUCAACAUGGUAGAUAUGGCCAGAAAGCCACCUCACGUCAAGAGGUUCAAGAAAGCCCUGGCAGAGUGGAAACCAGACACAGUUGCAGCAACGUCCACUCCAGCGGAUGGAGCAGAAGGGGAGCUUCACAACCUACUUGGAGGAGCGGAUCUUCUCUCCUACCACGACAAGUUCAUGGAGAUAGGCGGUGACAAUGUUCAGCAGCUUUUUGACUCGACGGCGGGCGAUUUCCAGGAAGUGAUUGGCCUUGUUGAUAUGGCCACAAAGCCAUUUCACAUCAAGAGACUGAAGAAAGCACUGGGCCAGUGGACAGGACCGUCAGUCGCGGUAGCGUCCAGUGCGGCUGACGAAUCAGAAGGGGAAGUUCACGAAUUACUUCGAGGAGCGGAUCUUCUCUCCUACCACGACAAGUUCAUCGAGCAAGGUGAGUUAAAAAGUGUGUCUGUGUGUACCGAAUACUAGCGGGAUCCAGGCAGGUUGUUGCAUUUGCAAAGGCGUGUGUAUCUGUGGGGCCGGUGGUGGUGAAAGGCGAAAUAUGAGAGAAAGGGGAGUGUUAAGAUAGAGAGA